AGUCUAAUGAGUCCAUUAUUGUCUUGGUAGUUGCAGGAGGGUAAGCGGCUGAUCCUCAAAUUAUAGGAACCCAGGCGUGAUUAAACAAGGGGCGGUUACAAAGAAGCGCCUCUCUGUAUGUGAGGGAGCCUAGACCCUUGAAUCGACAGCUUCGUUGCAAGGUAAUAUGCAGCGUUUUUGCUUUUGAGCCCCCUUGCAAGGUGUACCCAAGGGGUUCGGUGUGCGACAAUGGCUGUACCCGACGAAGAUAUGACCCAUCAUAUCGAGAGAAAUAUCAUGAUAAAUUCUGAACAUGCCAGUGGUGAACUUCCUCUCACUUCCGCCCGCAAGAUGGCUCCAAGCAUCCCAACGCCUCUAGUCACGGCCGUUGAGGGCGACACUCGGCAGAAUGCAAAACUGGGCCCGGACCAGAUCAUAGCAGCGCCUGUAGACUACCUCUUGUCUCUACCUGGAAAAGACCUCCGCAGCCGCCUGAUCGCCGCUUUCAACGAAUGGCUCAACGUCCCAUCGGACAAACUCGAUCUUAUCCGACGAGUGAUCGAGCUCUUACACACUGCCUCACUACUGAUUGACGACAUUCAGGACUCCUCCAAGCUCCGGCGGGGUCAACCGGUCGCUCACAGCAUCUUUGGAGUUGCGCAGACGAUCAACUCAGCAAACAGUGCAUAUUUCGAAGCCCAGCAUGAGCUGCACAAGUUGAAUGACCCCCGCGCAAUUCAGAUAUUCACAGAGGAACUUCUUCGGCUGCACCGCGGGCAGGGGAUGGACCUGUACUGGCGGGACUCCCUGACAUGCCCGUCCGAAGAAGAAUAUCUCGGAAUGGUGGCUGAUAAAACGGGAGGGCUGUUUCGGCUCGCAAUUAAGCUCAUGCAGUGUUCGAGCAAUAGUAGUUACGACUACGUCCCUCUUGUCGACUUGAUGGGCGUCAUCUUUCAGAUUCGCGAUGAUUACCAGAAUCUACAGAGUGGGACGUACAUUCAGAAUAAGGGAUUCGGGGAGGACUUGACGGAGGGCAAGUUCUCGUUUCCUAUAAUUCAUGCAAUCCGGCAUGGCGCGCAGAGCAUACAGCUCCUCAACAUUCUCAGGCAGAAGACGGAAGACGUGACUGUCAAAAGAUACGCGAUAGGUAUUAUGGAAGCUGCGGGGAGCUUUGCAUAUUGCCGCGCAAGGAUAGCAGAACUGGCCACAGAGGUGAGGUUGAUGCUCCAGGAAAUUGCGCGCUCUACGACCGGGACUGGCGCUGGGGGGGGAAAGGAGUCACCGAGUUCCUUGAUGCGCUGGAGAUCAAACAGGACAGUUCAUUUUCUCAUUGUGCAAUCGGCACGGAGGGGUCGUGAUAGUCUAACGUAGUAGUGUAAUUAUAUAGUAGACCAGCCAUCGUCAAUGGGAAGAACAGCUC